AACUAGGUUAGAUAAACGAAUAAAGAAAGAUUCAAAAAUACAUAGACUAAAGAAAGUUAAUGUAGAAACAUUUCUAAAUAAAAAGCAACAUUCAAAAGCCAAAGUAAGGAAGAAAAAUAAAGAAACAAUUGAAGUAAAAACAAAAGCCGAUAAAGAAAAAGACUCGGAACCAGGAAGGUUUUUUACAAUAGAGGAAAUAGAAGAGUUUGUGAAAAAGCAUAAUUUUGAAAUACAAUAUUUGACUGAGGAAGAAAUGGCGGAGGAUAUGGAAAGAAGGAAAGUGUCGGAUCGGUAUAAACACUGCAAGUUUAAAUGUACAUUGUGUUAUAAAGGCUUUCUGACGUCCACUACUUUUGAUAAUCAUAUGAAGAAAGAUCAUGACCCGCGUAACGCAAAGAACGAGUGCCGGUUAUGCCGCGUGAGCUACCGCUACGGAUUCUAUCUCAAACAACACGUGCAGAACGCGCACCGGUUGCGGCUGCGCUGCGCCGAGUGCGGAGAGGGCGUGUGGGGCAGGAAAGAGUGCGUCGCGCACGCGGCGCGCCACGCCGGCACCACGCGUCAAUGCAAGUACUGCGGGAAGCACUUCCUUAAGAAAUCGUCGUACACAUGGCAUAUGCGAGCAGCGCAUCCCGUCGAGAAUUCGGCGCGCGGCUCGUGCGAACUCUGUGGGGAGAUCUACACCAGUGCCAAGGGACUCAAGGCGCAUAAACUACUUGCACAUAAUAAGCGCUCUGCGCCCGAGUUGCAGUGCGGCCGCUGCCGCGCACAGUUCGACAAUAUGGAGGCUCUGACGAAACACAGACGACAACAAGCUGAUGACAAGUGCGAUCCUGACUUAAGCCCGUGCGCGGCGUGCGGCGCGGGCUGCGCGGGCGCCGAGGCGCUGCUGCGGCACAUGCACGCGGCGCACCACGUCCACAUCUUCACCUGUGACCUCUGCAACAAAUCCUUUCUAUCCAAGGCGUCGCUCUCGACCCACAUAGACCGCGUCCACCUCGGCAUCAGGCCGUUACAACACCAUCAGCUCACGCAGUACAAGAAACACAGCAAACGUCCCGUGCAGCACAAGAGACGGGGGCACGACCACAUGUGCGAGCACUGCGGGAAGGCCUACACGACACACCAGUUUUUAAAGAACCACCAGAUGACGCACACGGGUGAACGGCCCUUCAAGUGCGACCGCUGCCCUAAGGGGUUCACCACAGCUGUGCAGCUCACGUGGCACACGAGAACACACACGGGGGAGCGACCGUUCCAGUGCGACCAGUGUCACCAGGCGUUCAGUCUAGAAGGCAACCUCAGGAGGCACCGCAAAGCGGUGCACCUAGGGCUCCGCAAGAAUGUGCCGUGCCCGCGUUGUGAGAAAACCUUCUCUACUAACUCCACGAUGAAGUUGCACGUCAGAACAGUGCACGACGGAGCGCCCUGGCCGCGCCGAGACCGCAGGCCGAGGAAACACCCGCCGCAGAUAGAAUAGUUUUAUAAAAAACACAUACACCUGCGAA